AUGUAUGGUGGAUUGACCAAGACAUAUGAAUACUAUGCACCGAUAUUGGUUGGUUCUCCCUCACAGAUGUUCACCGUCCAAAUUGAUACGGGUUCCACGGCACUUGCAAUUCCAGAUGCCUCUUGCAUGUUGUUUGCAGACAAGCAGACUCAGACCAAUUGUCGAUGUGGAGACCAUCAAUUAGACAAUUUCUAUCAGCAUUCAAACAGUAUGUCAUCGUCCAAGCUACAAUGUUUGCCCAAAUGCAAGAAAUGCAAUCGAGAUGGAGUCUGUCAGUUCCAGCUCAGCUACCAGGAUGGUUCAUUCAUCAAUGGUGACUUGGUAACAGACAGUAUAACAUUGGCGGGACUAACAGUCAAUGCUACAUUUGGUAGUAUCAAAUCAGAAUCAAUGAGAUUUGGACAAUUACAAUGUUCUUCACAUUAUGAUGAGUACAGUGAUCCACCAGUAUCAAGUUCCAAGAGAGUUAGAGAUGGUAUACUAGGAAUGGCUAUUCAAUCACUUGAUCCAGAUAAUGGUGAUGAUAUAUUUGGAAAGAUUGUGGACAGGUACAAUAUAUCAAACAGUUUCUCAUUGUGUAUGAAUAUUGAAGGUGGAGUGUUGGUACUUGGUGGCGUGGAUGAACAGUACAACAGUGCUCCAAUGAGAUAUCUACCAAUGGUUGAUAGUGCCUCUUACUAUGCUGUCAACUUUACUGGUAUAAUGGUUGAUGAUGUAUUACUUAAUAGUAUACCAUUAUCUAAUCCAUCAUUUGACUCUUUUCAUGCAUUCAUCAGUCAAUUGGCUGUAAACUAUUCACAUCUACCUGGUACAAAGACCCAAGAGCUUUGGUAUGGACAUUGUUACAACUUGACAGAGGAGGUGAUCAAUCAAUAUCCAACCGUUUAUCUACUGGGCGUAGACACUGAAUCACAACCGAUCAAGAUAUCAAUACCUCCCACUCAAUACUUGGUCGUGUACAAUGAAGAGUACUGUCUGGGUAUCUCCCCAAUCGAUGUGAAAAAGGUAUCCAUACUGUUUGGUGAUGUUGGACUACAAGGCUACAACGUACAUUUCAAUCGACAUAAUAGGACCAUUGGAUUUGCUCCAGUGUCUGAAGCAUGCUCACCUCUGAGCAAACAAAACAUCUCUUUGAGUAUAGUAUCAGGCAACAAUCAACUGUUGACAGCUGGACGUACAUCAUUCGAUCAUUUGGCCAUUCAGAUCAAGAACAAUGGUUCAUUAUCAUCAACACAAGGACUAAUGGUAGAGUUUACAAUUAUCACUGGAGAUGGAACAUUCCACCCGAGUCUAAGCAAGGUUGUCCAAAAUGUCACUGACCGAGAUGGUGUUGCCAUGGUACAAUUGUCUGAACAACCAAGAGGAUCGUUUAGAAUACGUGUAAGAAUGAUUGGAAACGAUCAUACCAACACAAUUUUCUUUACGCUCCAAGGUGGCUCUUCAACAACAAUGAGUGGAUGGUUGAUCACUGUCAUUGUAUUGCUAUCAUUGCUGUUGGUGGUCUUUGUUGGACUUGUACUGUACAAGUUCACAGACAACAUUACACAGCUUGCCAGAAGAGUGGCCAGUAGUCAAAAGAUACAACCAGAUAGAUAUGAUGUAUUGAUGGAGGGAGAUCAAUUCGAGAUUGGAGAAAUUGAAGAGUACGAUUAG